UUGUUAGUAAUUGGAAAAUCUAAGACUCCAAGAUGUUUUAAAAAUGUCAAAAACUUGAGAGUCGACUACAAAAGCAAUAAAAAAGCAUGGAUGACCGGAGACAUAAUUUCCGACUCGUUAAAAGAAUGGGAUAAGCAACUAGUAAAGGAAAAACGACAUAUCCUAUUGACUGUAUAG